AUGUCUCUUUCACAACACGUUGUCAUCAUCGGAGCAGGCAUCGUGGGAACCAACCUCGCCGACGAGCUGGUCUCUCGAGGAUGGAACAAUAUCACAGUCAUCGAGCAGGGCCCGCUGCACAUGCCGGGCGGUUCGACAUCACACGCCCCGGGCCUGGUAUUCCAAACGAAUCCGUCGAAGACAAUGACACUUCUCGCUCGAUACACGGUUGAGAAGUUGCUAUCGAUAGAGAAGGAUGGAUACAAUUGUUUCAAUCAAGUUGGAGGCCUCGAAAUCGCAACCACGCCCGCCCGGUUGGAGGAGUUGAAGCGCAGACAUGGAUACGCCUUGUCAUGGGGCAUCGAGGCACGGCUUGUGAGUGGCGAGGAGUGCUGCAAGAUGUACCCUCAUCUGAAUAGCGACAUGGUCUUGGGCGGCUUGCACGUCCCCACCGAUGGUCUGGCACUAGCUGCACGAGCGACGCAGCUACUCAUUGAACGGACAAGCGCAGCUGGUGUUCGCUAUCUGGGUCACACUCCUGUCACCGGAAUUCAGCGAGAGGGUCGUCGUGUCACCGGAGUGCACACUCCGGGUGGCACCAUCUCGGCGGACAUUGUUGUCUCAUGUGCUGGUUUCUGGGGUGUCGAAUUGGGAGCUAUGGUCGGCGUGCGGAUUCCACUUCUUCCUUUGGCGCACCAAUACGCAAAGACCACGACGGUACCCGCGCUUGCUGGACGAGAGAUCAAUCAGCUGCCAAAUGGAAUGAAUGCCACACUCCCAAUCCUUAGACACCAGGACGAGCGUCUUUACUACCGUGAGCAUGGCGGGCAGUUUGGUAUCGGCUCCUACGGACAUCGCCCGAUGCCCGUAGUUGCUUCAACAUUGGGUUUAACCCCAAGGGAAGUAGAUGACAAGAACAUGCCCUCUCGCCUAGAAUUCACAUCCGAGGAUUUCGACCCAGCUUGGAAGGCGAGCCAGCAGCUACUGCCCGCUCUCCAGGAGACAGAGAUUGCAGAUGGAUUCAAUGGGAUCUUCUCCUUUACACCGGACGGCGGAUCAAUUCUAGGACAACCAUCCCAUCUCGACGGCUUCUACGUAGCCGAGGCCGUGUGGGUUACGCAUUCAGCAGGUAUCGCCCGGGCUCUCGCGCAAAUCCUCACAACCGGCCAAUCAGACAUCGAUGUCUCCGAGUGCGAGCUCUCUCGCUUCGAGGAAGUUCAACUCAGUCAAGAAUACGUUAACGAGACAUCGGCGCAAAACUUCAAAGAGAUCUACGACAUCAUACACCCCCUCCAGCAGCGCCAAUCACCCCGCAAGCUGCGUGUCAGCCCAUUCCACGCCCGCCAAAUGGAGCUAGGAGCCUUUUUCCUCGAAGCAGCGGGCUGGGAGCGGCCAUAUUGGUACGAAGCAAACAAAGACCUAGUGCCCGCCCUUCCAGCAUCAUGGCAACCUGUCAAGCGAGAUGCUUGGUCUUCCCAAUUUUAUUCGCCUAUCUCGGCAGCCGAGGCCUGGAAGACGCGCAAGGGCGUUGCCAUGUUUGAUAUGACUGCAUUCCAUCGUUUCGAGGUAUCCGGUCCUGGAGCACUGGGUUUGCUUCAGCGUCUGACAACGAGCGACAUUUCCACGAAACCGGGCACCGUCACCUAUACUCUCCUCCUGACAGACCACGGUGGCAUUCGUGGAGAUAUCUUUGUCCUUCGUCUCGAAGACGACGUGUUCCAAAUCGGAGCAAACUCAGCAACCGACCUCGCCUACCUCCACAGAGAAUCUCGCAUCCAGCAACAGACCUCUCCCAUGCAAUGGAUGCAGGUCCGCGACAUCACUGGCAGCACAUGCUGCAUCGGCCUAUGGGGCCCUCGAGCUCGACAAGUCAUGGCCGGAUUGUGCACCGACGAUCUCUCCAACCGUGGACUCCCCUACUCCACACUCAAGAAGACUUCUCUCGCAGGCAUCCCGGUGACACUGAUCCGGAAGUCCUACGUCGGCGAACUGGGCUGGGAAAUCCAAUCAAGCGCCGAAUACGGCCAGUAUCUCUGGGACGCAAUCUGGCAAGCCGGAAAGCCCCACGGACUCAUUGCCGCAGGCCGCAGCGCUUUCAACUCCCUGCGUCUCGAGAAGGGAUACAGAACUUACGGCGUGGACAUGACAAUUGAGCACAAUCCAUUCCAAGCCGGUGUUGCGCAUGCUGUCGACUUGAACAAGAAAGAUGACUUCGUUGGCAAGGCUGCCCUUCAGCGCCUUGCUGCCCAAGUGCCUUCCCGCCGCUUGCGGACUUUGACUGUUAACGAUGGGCGCUCAAUGGUUUUGGGCAAGGAACCUGUUUUCUACGAUGGCAAGCCGGUUGGGUAUGUCACCACCGCUGCAUUUGGGUACACGAUUGGUAAACCAGUUGCCUGUGCGUGGCUACCUGGUGGAGUGAAGGAUGGCGAGACCGUGGAGAUUGGGUACUUUGGGAAGCGGAUCAGGGCGACUGUUGAGGCGGAGUCGCUUUAUGACCCUGAGAUGACCCGUCUCAACCAGGAUAGCUUUGUAUCCCAGGAUAAUUCCCGGAAUACCCUCAAGGCGCGACUCUGA